GCCAGGCAAUCCUUCUCAGUCCUGAGCCAGUCUCUUUAGGCCAGUGGCACAGAGUUGUGGCCGAGCGGAACAAGAGAGCCGGCCACCUCAGGGUCGACCAUGGCCUGGUGGAGAGGAAGAUGUCUCCAGGAAAAGCCCAGGGCCUCAAUAUCCACACCCACAUGUACCUUGGAGGAGUUCCCAGCAUGGACAUCCUGCCGAAGCCUGCUAAUGUCAGCAGAAUGUUUUGGGGAUGUGUAGGAGAGGUUUCCAUCAACAACAAGAAGGUGGAUCUGUCCUACAGUUUCACAGAAAGCAGGUCUAUCCACAAGUGUGUGGACAACAGCCCCUGUGACCGCCGGCCCUGCCUGAACGGUGGUCACUGCAUGUUGAGUGCUGAAUAUGAGUACCAGUGCAUCUGUAAGGAUGGAUUUGAAGGUGAGCGUUGUGAGGUGGUGAGAGAUGUGUGCCAGAGCAACCGUCAGUGCCAGAAUGGUGGCAGCUGUUUUAAUGGCCAGUGUGUGUGCACAGCUGGGCACACAGGCCUGACCUGUGAAGAAAGUAAGUACUGACUGGCAACAUUACCAUGUAAACCAUUAUUAAGACAAACA